AUGUCGAAAGACACCCCUUACGUGGACGAGGAAGGUUCAAACAGCUUUAAUGGGCCCAGUAAGGAGCUGGAAAACUUCUGUGUGCCUCAAGAGGAUGUUUCGACAUCAUCAAAUAUGAGCAUGAUUAGCACAAUAGCUCAUGAGAGCAAUACUGUGAUGCUUCAGCAGUGCAGCGAUAUCGUCAAGGUGGCGUUUUAUGGGAGCAGCAACAUUGAAGGUGACUGCCCCCAAGUGGUCGAUCUGAUAAGCGCCAAGGCUCACCCCAUCAGGCAGCAGGCCUGCCGGCGCAAGUGCAUCCUGGAAAUCCUCGACCUUAAAGCGUGCAAGACGCUCAAGGACCUUCUUCUACCUGCAAAACCUGAAGAGAAGACGUUCGAGGACUUGGUCAAAGUGCUGAGUGGCCACUACGAGCCUUCAAGUCAAGUCAUUGCGGAGCGUUUCAAAUUCAACAGGAGGUACCAAGAAGAAGGGAAGUCCGUCGCGGCAUUUGCAGUCACGCUGAAGCACAUGGCAGCCAAGUGCAACUACGGUACGUUUCUCGACGACGCUUUACGGGACCGGUUCGUCGCUGGGUUACGGAAUUCCACCAUUCAGACGGGUUUACUGAAGAGGAAGGAACUGACGUUCGAAUCGGCCUGCGUUUUUGCUAAGAGCGUUGAGCUAGCGGAGCGGGAGUCGAGGGGAUUCCGACCAACUGCGAAUACAGAUGCCGACAUUCACGCUCUAAAGAAGACGGGGAAGGAACGGGAGUUUGCCAGCAAGCCGAAGAACAGUUCAAUGCAAAGCUACUAUCGAUGCGGUCAAGAGCAUGACGCCCGUUGCUGCCGUUAUCGUAAAUUCAAAUGCCAUCUUUGCAAGCGCGUGGGACAUUUGGCGUGCAUGUGCAGAUGCAAGCAACCGGCGCCUGGCACCGUCAACAGCGUGAGUAACGAAGCGAGCGGAGGCACAGAGCUGCUGCUGCACAGUGUGUAUCUGGUGGGCACGGAACAACCAUAUGAAGUUGAAGUACAGAUAGCCGGCCAGCUUGUGAAGAUGCAAGUAGAUGCGGGCGCAGCCGUAUCACUCGUUCCGGAAUGCGUUCACUGGCAGCUAAAGCAGCCGCCGCAGCUUGCGAAGUGCGAGAUGAAGCUCAAGACUCACGGCGGAGCGACGCUACAAGUGAAAGGCGAAGUGGAGGUUUUGGUCGAUUAUAAGGGACAGCGGAAAGUCCUGCCAAUCAUCUUAGUACCAGGAGAGAAGCCGGCACUACUAGGCCGCGGCUGUAUUGCGAACCUCGGAAUGGACCUAAAUAGCAUUCACGAGGUGCACGCACAACCGUCUGUCAACAGCAUCCUGUCAAGGUAUGCCAGCGUUUUUUCACCUGGUUUAGGGUUGAUAAGGGGUUACCAAGCAAAACUGGUGCUUAAGGAAGGAAGCAUGCCAGUCUUUUGCAAGGCGCGGUCUGUGCCGUAUGCCAUUCGUGAACCUGUCGAGCAUGAGCUAGGCAACUUGCAAAAAGAGGGCAUACUGGUGCCCGUAACCCCCAGUGACUGGGCCACGCCGCUGGUAGCUGUUCACAAGCCAGACGGCACAGUACGAUUGUGUGGAGACUAUAAAUUGACAGUGAAUCCAUGUGUGAAGACCGACCAUUACCCACAGCCCGCGGUGGAGGAUUUGUUCACGACACUGGCUGGGAGCAAGGUUUUCACCGUUUUGGACCUUUCGACGACAUAUCAGCAAAUCGAGGUGCACCCUGACCCACGACCUUUGCUGACUAUAAACUCUCACACGGGGUUGUUCCAGUAUGUUCGAAUGCCGUACGGAAUCUCAAGUGCACCUGCAGUUUUCCAGGCAAUCAUGAACGAGCUGUUGAAAGGACUACCGGGAGGUGUAUGCUACCUCGACGACAUCCUCAUCAUGGGAGCAUCGCAUACCGAAUGCCUGGCCCGGGUGGAAGCAGUCCUGCAGGUUUUCAUGGACCACGACGUAAAAGUGAGAAAGGAAAAAUGCAAGUUUUUCUUGAAUUCUGUCAAAUAUCUUGGGCAUAUCAUUGACGAAAAUGGUGUGCACCCAUGCGUCGAGAAGGUUGAAGCCAUAAUGGAAGCACCCACACCUAAGAACAACAGUGAGCUUAAAGCGUACCUCGGCAUGAUAGUUUUUUACUCCAAGUUCAUGCCAAACAUGUCUUCGAAGCUAAAGCCUUUGUAUUCACUGCUUCAGAAGGAUAAGAAUGCAGUGCAGCACACGAAGACACCACCAUACCACCCAGCUUCAAAUGCCACGGCGGAGAGGCUUGUCCAGACCGUCAAGCGAAGCUUCAUCAAACAGCUGCGGGACGAGCAGAACACGGGAGUGACUCGGACGAUGCAACAUCGGGUAGACCAGUUCCUGUUCACCUACCGAAACACGUCGUGUUCGACGACCGGUUAG